AUGUCCGACGAAAAUGGACCGUCGAAAACGGAUUUGCAGACCGCGAUGCGCAAAAUGAGAGCUUUACCGGCCAACAAGGUAAUUUUUUGUAAAAAACAAAAUGCCUGACACCUAGAAUAUUACAGAUCUGUUUCGAUUGUGGAGCCAGAAAUCCGACCUGGUGCACUGUGACCUAUGGUAAGCACUUUCUCUCGAUUUUUAGCAAAAAAUGUGUUCCAGGCGUGUUUCUGUGCAUCGACUGCUCGGCGGUUCAUCGAAAUCUCGGCGUCCAUCUCACUUUUGUCCGUUCGACUAAUUUAGACACCAAUUGGACGUGGCUCCAGCUCAGAGCCAUGCAACUCGGAGGAAAUGGCAAUGCGGUGAGUGGUUUUGCCGGACAAAACCGGCAUAUUUGUUACAAUUCAUUUUCCAGACGCAAUGGUUCAAGCAGCACGGGUGUAACACGACGGAAGCGCAGCAAAAGUACAAGAGUCGAGCGGCCUCGCUGUACAGGGAUAAGCUGGCGGCUCUGUGCCAGGAGGCGCAGCGAAAGUACGGAAUGCAGCUGCUCAUCGACACGGUGACGCACGCCGAGGAGAAGCAGGAAGAGGAAGACUUCUUCGCCCAGGAUUUCGGGCAUUCUUCAGCCUCGGCCACUUCUCUGAGCUCCGAUGCUUAUAUUGCCGACCACAAGGCCGACACCACCACCGCCCACGGUCCUUCUGUCGAACACAUCGAUUCCGUGGCCGUUCCCACUGCGGCGCCCGUCUCUGUCAUCCUUAAAAAACCCAUCAAGAAGGCGACCCUUGGCGCCAAGAAAAACGCGCUUGGAGCACAGAAAGUGCGCAUUAACUUCGAUGAAAUCGAACAGCGCGCGGCCGAAAAAGAGCGACAAGCGGAGGCGGAGAUCGCCGCGAAUAAACUCGCCUAUCAGGUAGAAGCGGACGACAAAAAGAAGGCGUCCGAUGCGGCGGAGAUGGCGAAGCUCAGCGCCAAGUUCGCUGUUCAGGACAUUGACGCGCAGAGGAAGCAGAUAGAGGCGAAAGUGGCGAAAGAUCCGACGAAAGCGGCUUCUGUGGAUCGACUCGGAAUGGGCGGUGGCGCUGGCAGAUCCCGGGCGGUUCACUCGGUCGCCGGCGGCAUCCGUUCGAUCAAGCAGGACGACGUGCUCACUUUCAAGAAGACGCCGUCGCCGGCCAAAGACGAGGACGAUUGGGAGGUGAUUGAUGACAAGUACGGAAAGAAGGGUACGAGCAACGAGGACGACUUCUUCACAAAGGACUACACGAAGAACACGGUCAAAGAGGACGACUUCUUCGAUACUUUUGAAAGCCAACCUGCUCAGAAAUCCCGUUACUCGGCGAUUUCUUCGAAUACGAGCGCUUCGAAGGCGCCGACGACUCGUUUAACCGCCGGAUCGACGCCCGCUUCCGACGUGGAUAUUCAGAAAAAGUUUGGAAAUGCGAAGGCGAUCUCGAGUGAAAUGUACUUUGGAAACAAUGAUAUUGAUGUACGAUUCUUUCUUUUUCUCCCAAAUCUUUCCUUUUUUUCAGUUUGAAACGAAGAGCGCAUUGUCGAAAUUCGAAGGACAAACAUCGUUGGGAUCCGAGGAUUUGUGGGGCAACGGAAGUCAGCAAAGACAGAACAGUCAGGUACUUUUUUUUAAAGAGAAUUCCUGGAAAUCCGCUUAUUUCAGGUGCCAGACAUGUCAGAAUUGAAAGAUUCAUUCCGUGCGGGCGCGUCGAAAGUCGCUGAAAAGUGGUCGACUCUUUCCAACUCUUUUGCCUCUUACAUGUCGGUAAGUACCACAAAACCCGGGUUUUUCCGCAGAAUUUUUGUUUUAAAUUACUCAAAAAUCGAAUUUAGCGUGCCCCUCCAGCCAAUGGAGAGAAGACAUAAUUGGAAAGGCAAGUUUUAAGUGGAAUGUGCUCAGUUUCAUCGUUCUUCAAUUUCCUAUUUUUCUGGGAAUUUUUGGGUUCUUUCUUGCGAAACGCUUCUCAGUUUAUUGAUGUUGUGCACAAAUGUCUAUCCUUGGCCUUUAGAUGAUCCAUUUAGGCCCAAAAUUUCAAAUCGUGAUCUCAGUCAGCUGGUCAGUACACAGUCUAUUCGUUCGAGAAAAGCACAAAUAAACAAACAAAAUGAGCACGGAGAGAAAAAACGUUGACCAAAAGACAUGUUGACAAUAUCAUUUCCGCCUCCUCGUCGUCGUUCUCUGUCCUUUCUUUUCUCACUCUAUCUGUCUGGGUCCCUGUGAGAAAAUAAUAUUACGAAAUCAUCAUUCGUUUCAUUUCAGGAUCGCUAA